AUGGGUUCCUGUAAUAGCUGUUAUUCUUCAAAAUAUGUGCAAUCAAACCUUGAAUCAGAGGAUGAUUGUAAAGUGAUUUAAAGAACAAAAUCUGCAUUAAAAAAAGGCAUAGUAACUUAUGAAAAGAGUAGAACAGAUUUAGAGGAUAAUGUAAUUGCUGAUGAGAACAGUCUUGAAAACAGCUAGCAAUUACCUAGCUUUAUUUAAUAAAGAAAGAUAACAGAGAUAGUAGUGUAAACAAGAGUUAAUAGAUUUAUGAAGGAUAUUGAAGAGGAAGUAAGAUAUCGAAUAAAAUAGAUAUAAUUAGAAGAAAAAGAAUAGUUGGACAUGCUUAUUCAAUAACAAUAGCAAUAACAAUCCUAGUCAUUUUAGGAAUGCAAACAGGAGUCUGCUGAUUUCAACAGUGCACAUUUUAAUCAGUCUAUCUCAUUCUAAAAUUCAUAGGAUUUCCAAAAUAUGCAAAAUACUCCAUCUAAAACAUACUUACCAAGACAAUAUUCAUAAUUUGCACCUAAAAAAGAUAAUGAUACAGUGACCUAUAAUUCGUAAGUGAGUUAGACAAUCAAUUCUUAAAAAUAAAAAACUCCACCCAAAGAAAAGCUUAAACCUAUCCAAACUAUUAAGGAUGAGGAGAAGAGCAUUUUAGCUAGUUUCGGAAGUCAACAUAUCAAUCCUCGUAACUCUGAUUCGCAGGAUGCUUAAUUUAGUGAUCAUUUUAGAGAAUAAGUUUCUAGUAAUACUAGUAAAGAACAUAGUGUGAAAAGCAUUUUAAAAAAUAGUCAAAAUAUUUAAGAUUUAAAAAGAAAUUAUUCAAUUAAAUCAACUCAUACCAAUAUUAAACAAAAAAAAGUCUCAUUCUCAGUUGAAACAAAUUACUAUUCUUCCAGAACUACAAAAAGAAACUAAACAAAUCUAUUAUAUAAAGCAUGA